AACAUACACUUAAAUGACCUGCAUCAACUUUAAGAAGCAGUCUUACGUAUACUGAGCAUAAUAUUUCAUAAAGGACAUUCUGGAUAAAGAUCGAGAGUAGUACAAUUUGUUUUUUUUAAACACCGUCGCACACAAUAUACGUCACACAUUUAAAAACACGGGUCGCAUUGUGCUGAGCUCACAAAGCAGCCGCCUCCUCGCCAUUUUUUCGCAGCUCUUUGUGCGCCACUCUGCGUUAAUAGUUUGGGUGUUUUUUGUCGAGCGAUCCGUCGACUCGGGUUUUGAUUCUUUAUUAGAAAAAAUGCAUGGAAACAGAGGCCCCUCCCAGCACAACCACGGGUCCAACCGCCCGGGGGAGCAGAAGAACACCAACGGCCAGCAGCCCGAGGAUCCUAGCAACGAGGCCUUAACUCUGGAUCUGCAGAACUUCAGGAAACCCGGGGAGAAGACCUUCACCCAGCGGAGCAGGCUGUUUGUAGGAAACCUGCCCACCGGGACCACAGAGGAGGAACUCGAGAAGCUGUUCGCCAAAUACGGCAAGGCCAAUGAAAUAUUUAUCAACAAGGAGAGAGGCUUCGGCUUCAUCCGGCUGGAGACCAGGAUCAUAGCAGAGAUAGCCAGAGCAGAGCUGGAUGAUACCCCCUUCAAAGGCAGGCCCGUCAGGGUGAGAUUUGCCACACAUGGUGCAGCCUUAACUGUGAAAAACCUGCCAGAUUUUGUGUCCAACGAGCUGCUGGAGGAGGCCUUCGCUGGUUUUGGGCAGAUAGAGAGAGCUGUAGUGAUAGUGGAUGAUCGUGGGAGGCCCACAGGGAAGGGAAUAGUGGAGUUCACCUCAAAGCCAGCUGCGAGAAAGGCUUUGGAUAAGUGCAGUGAUGGUGCCUAUCUUCUCACAGCCUUUCCCAGACCCAUUACAGUGGAACCCAUGGAGCAGCUCGAUGAAGAGGAAGGACUGUCAGAAAAAAUCAUUAACAAAAACCAGCAGUAUCACAAAGAACGUGAGCAACCACCACGAUUUGCACAGCCAGGCUCCUUCGAAUUUGAGUAUGCCAUGCGCUGGAAGGCCCUGAUGGAGAUGGAGAAGCAGCAGUAUGAGAUGGUGGACCGCAACAUGAAGGAGGCUCAAGAGAAGCUGGAGGCCGAGAUGGAGGCGGCCAGACAUGAGCACCAGGUGAUGUUGAUGAGGCAGGACCUGCUGAGACGGCAGGAGGAGCUGCGGAGGAUGGAGGAGCUCCACAAUCAGGAGGUGCUGAAGAGGAAACAGUCUGAGAUCCGGCAGGAGGAGGAACGCCGGAGGAGAGAGGAGGAGAUGAGGAUGCGCAAUGAGGAGAUGCUGAAGAGGCAGCAGGAGGGCGGCUUCAGAGGCAACUUCCCUGAAAACAGGGAGCAAGAAAUGAGGAUGCAUAUGGGCGGUCACGGGAUGAACAGAAACUCUCUGCUCGGUGCCAAUGCUGGUCCUGCAGGUACUCCUGCUGAGAAUGCUCCAAUGAUGCCAGGGCAAGGAAACAACAUGCCAGGAGGCCAGGGGGGCUUCCCCAGGGGUCCUGCCGGGCCUGGAGAAUAUGGACCUAACAAGCAACGCAGAUUUUGAAUGAUAUGCCUAAAAUUCUUUUUUUUACUGUAUUUUAAAGUAAAGGGUUACUGGUUGAUUAAGUCAAAGUUGCAAGAGUUUACCGGCCGCUACAGCGUCUGUUUUUUGGUUUCGUUUUGUACCCUUUUUUUUGUACCUUUUUAGGUUAUGUCUUUAGUACUAAACUGUCAUAACUCUGAAUGAGCCAUGUGUUUUACUUUUUAUUUUUCAAAUUAUUGUAUUUUUCAUAUGGAUAGAGAACCUUUUUUUCGUCCUAAAAAUGUUGGCUUUUCUGAAAUAAAUUCACGAUUCCCUAAGAA